AUAGGGUACAGCUCAUUGGCAGACCACGUAAAUAUGGCAUGCACAUUCCUCAUUUCUCUUUCGGUUCAAAUUUUCCCUUUCACCAUUCUGUGAUAAUUUAAAAUUGGAAAUUUUAUUGCAAUUGAUUCGAUUCUCCGAAGCGUUUUAUUGGGUUUUAGCAGAUUGUACUAUUGAUUCAACAUUUACUUUUGGUUAUGACUUAUGAUUCGCUGUAGUUGGUUUUGCUUUGCUGUUAAUGAUAGCUUUAUAAACUGUGCUUGGGUCCUUCAUUUUUUCACAAUGUCACUGAUGAUUACCGUGUUAGAGUGUUAAAUAAGAUUCAAGUGCUACUUCAGAUGUGUUAACACAUCCUUGUUGUUGUUGCAGGAGAUGGAGGAUGAGGAUGAUUAUGUUGAAUAUGUACCUAUUGUAAAGCGUCGAGCAAUUGAGGCGCAAAAGAUCCUUCAGCGCAAGAGAAAAUCUUCAGUUUUGGAAGAGGAAGCGGAAAAAUUGAAGCUUGUUGAGGCUAAGCCGAGUUUGCUUGUGAAGGCCACUCAGCUGAAGAAAGAGCAACCUGAGAUUAGUCCAACUGAAUAAGUAGUCCUGCAAGAGAAGGAGAUGAUUGAGCAUUUAUCUGAUCGAAAGACUUUGAUGUCCGUUCAUGCACUAGCUAAGGGGAUUACUUAUACGGAGCCUUUGUUCACUGGUUGGAAGCUGCCAUUCGCCAUCAGAAGAAUGUCAAAGAAAGCAUGUGAUGUAAUCCGAAAGCAGUGGCAUAUUAUUGUGGAUGGCGAAGAUGUUCCUCCACCAAUAAAGAAUUUCAAGGACAUGAGGUUCCCUGAGCCCAUUUUGAAGAAACUUAAAGCGAGAGGGAUUGUUCAGCCCACACCAAUUCAAGUGCAGGGCCUUCCUAUUAUUUUAUCAGGUCGCGAUAUGAUAGGAAGAAGUUAUGAUGCCUAUUGCUCCCGGGGAAGGACCAUUUGGCUGGAUUAUCUGUCCGUCUAGAGAGCUGGCUAGACAGACAUAUGAAGUUAUCGAACAAUUUUUAGAACCACUGAGGGAGUAUGGUUACCCUGAAUUGAGGCCUUUGCUGUG